AUGACAGAGAAACAGCCAAAGAUUUUGUGCUGUGGCGAUGUGAACGGUAAAUUUGUGGAGCUCAUCAAGAAACUAACACUGACCGAGAAAAAAGUGAGUUUUGCCACUUAUCAAAUCGAUAAUUGACCCGAUGUUCUGCAGAACGGACCGUUCGACUCUGUAUUCUGCGUAGGCGAAUUCUUCGGAGACGACGACGAAGCGAACGAGAAAGUGAUCAACGGCAGCGUUGAAUUCCCUCUGCCCACCUACAUUUUGGGUCCGUUUUCUAAGCUAAUGGCACUUUUAACCUCAAAAUCGUUCAGGUCCUGCGAGUCCUCGUCUCACCUACCUCUAUCCAGAAGAAUCUGUAGAGUUCUCCUCAAAUCUGACGUAUCUGGGAAAAAAAGGUCUUCUGAACUCUGCAUCAGGCCUUCAGAUUGCUUACUUGAGUGGUGUGGAAGGUACAUCGAAGGAUUUGUGCACGUUCGACAAGUCCGAUGUCGAUGAGCUUCUGAUUCCGCUCGGAACGCAGGUCGGAUUCUCCGGCACCGACAUCCUUUUGACCUCAAUGUGGCCUGCCGACGUGGCAAGACACUCGCACAAUCAGCCGACGAACCCGCCCGCCGGCUCAGCGCUCCUCACGAAAUUGGCGGCCCAACUGAAGCCCCGCUAUCAUUUCGCGGGUCUCGGAGUCCACUACGAACGACAACCGUACAGAAACCAUCGGGUACUCCUGGAGCCGGCGAGACACGUCACACGAUUCAUCGGAUUGGCGCCCGUCGGAAACGCGGAGAAACAAAAGUGGUUGUACGCGUGCAAUGUGAAGCCGAUGCGGAAAAUGGAGAAAGAGGAGCUGACUGCACAGCCGCCGAACGCUUCGGAGUUUCCGUAUCGAGAGUUGCUCGAGGAGAUCGCCGCCAAGUGAGUUUUAUGUAAUUUCUUCAGACAUGCCUGAAAAUUGCAUAUUUUCACGUGAAACCCUCUCUCCUUUUGCUCAUUUCUGGGCUAACUAUCUGAAGUUGCGUGAAAAGAGAGUUUUAACGUAUGAAAGUUCCGAAAAAAGGACCUUAUCAAUGCAGCAAUAUUCAGAGAAACUCUCAAUCGGUUGAACAGUCAGGAAUCCCGACCAGAAGGAUCACAAUACCGAUUCCAGAUGGGCGAACACGACGACGGACCAGGAGGAAACGGAAGGAAGCGACACAAUGCUAGCGGUAUGUUUUAUUUGAACGCUGAUUAG